GGUGAAUAGUCUCUUGUAUGAGGGUAUUCCGCAAAUAUCAUCAUCUCUUUCAUCCACAUCUCAUCUUCUCAUAAAAGCCAGCCCACCCGGCACAUCACUCCCCCUCGCCUUCCCCCUCCCUGGUCGACGUUGAUUCUUCCCACAACCCGUCCCCACGCUUCCGAUCAGAACAACAAGACUUUCUGACCCCGCGCUGGCUUCCAGGCGCUCGCUCUCCCCGUCGCUUCUUAUACAGCACAGCCCACAGGGAAUUGCAAGCUCUUUUCUUGCCCCAUCCUCAACCAUAUACAUCCAAAAAGCGCAGCUCCUUUCCACAAACGUCCUCAUUUGGACACGCGGCCUGACAGUGCGGCUUCCCUAGUCGUUCACGGCAAGAUGCGGAUCUUGCAGUACGACCGCCAAGAUCCUGUCCCGGGACCCAGCCCGCGGCCGCACCUCUAUCCCUCUGGAAACACGGAUCCCACGGCGUCUGCCAGCCCCACAACACAUUCAUGCCCCCUAGGUUCUGCCUGCCCAUUCCUCUACCCUACCCCAGCAAUGGACUCUCGCCCAGCCGAUCGCCGGCCUCGUGCUACCAAAAGUUCCCAACGGAGGGUGGAGAGCAAGUUGGCAAUGUGGGAGCGGAUCUCUAGGAGGCAGGACGAGACGAACAGUGUUCCGGCCUCGUCCUCGUGGUCCUCCAGUGAAGUGUAUAGAGCGGCGGAAGUGGCGACGGUGUCUGGGAGCGAUUCGUCGUCGGCGUCAGAUUUUACGACGUCGUAUGACCCUUCCGCAACGUCGUACGCAGUCUAUAACGCUACUAACGCCUUAUCGUCGUACACGACCAACAGUACGGAAUUCCUCACCCAGAAUACUACCAUCACAUCAACAUCAACAUCCUCUUCUUCCUCUUCCUCCGCCCGAACUUCUUCCAAAUCAUCAUCCACCAAAUCCACCCGCACAACAACCUUCACCUCCCUCUGGUCCACCUCCAAAUCCAAAACAGCUACCGGCACCGCCUCUGCAGCGACGUCGACAAAGUCCGCGUACGUACCCGGGGUGGUGCUGAAUAUGACCAUGUCGGGGGAUAGUGAUACCCAGGCGGUGUAUGGGGUUGAGGUGGAGAUGGGGCAUGAUGAUGAUGAUGACAAAAGAAAGAGGAAGAGGGGUAUGGGAUGGGGUAUGGGCAGGAGAGCAUCGUAUGCGAAGGAUGGGAAGAAUCAGAUGGUGAAUCUGCAGGUGGAUCUGGGGUCGUCGGACAUGUGGGUGGCUGUCAAGGAAUGUUCAACAAGUGACUGCAACUCGGCACCGACUCUAUUCAACGAAGACCUGUCUCUCGAUUCCGAUACGACGGCCAACAUUACAUACGAAACCGGCGCGGUGGACGGCACGAUCUACUGGGAGCAGCUGAACGUCGGAGACUUUAGCAUAGGCUAUCAGGCUUUCAUCGGUGCCACAGCAGUCACAAACGAAAAUCUCAAAGGCGGAAACUUUUCAGGCGUACUUGGACUCUCCCUCCCUGCCGCUUCCUCCAUCUUGGAUGAGAUUCGCGGUACGACAGGUUCCAAUCCCGAUGGCGCCACUUUCCUCGACAAUCUCUUUGGUGCCGGCUCAUCAGCACCUUCCGAACGUCUGUUCACUUUAUCGCUCUCCCGCCGAGAAGAUGUACGAACAUUAUCAACAUUCGGCAUCGGAGCCACUUCACCCUUAUUCUGUCCUUCCCCAUGUUCCCCGAACUUCGUAUCAAUCGUCGCCCAGCCCAGCCUUGGUUCUACGGGGUAUACGCACUGGCGGGUCCAGAUUCAGUCUCUUUCCGUCACCACGUGGUCAGAUGAGAAGAGCGGCACGGGCGCGACGACGACAAAAGUAGCGUUGGGUAACAGUAAAGUAUACUCGACGAAAGGUUCGCCGUUGGCAGUACUCGAUUCUGGUGGGGUACAGAUCCUUGUGGGGAGUUGGAGUUAUGCGGAGCAGAUUUAUGGUGCUAUAGGGGUGUUGAUGAGUUCGGAUGGUCUUUACCGGAUGCCUUGUUCGAAGCAGAUUGCAUUGACGUUUAAUAUCGGAGGGGUGGACAUCCCUGUGCAUCCACUGGACAUGUCUUAUGUUGAUCCUUCGGAUCUCAGCCAGUCGACUUGCAUUGGUAUGGUGCAAUACUCUAGCAACCUGGGCGACAGUGGUGAUUUCGUUCUCGGGAGCGCAUUCAUGAAAAACGUCUACUCCAUCUUCAAAUACCCCGACACCAAGAAGCACGUCACCUGGCAACCCACCGUCGGCCUGAUUCCCCUCACCAACGCCUCCAUCGCCUCCCAAGACUUUUACUCUGUCCGAGUCUUGCACGAAUCCCUCUCUACCGUCUCUACCACGCAGGCUAUUAACGCCGGCGGGAGUGGGGUUUACAACCCCGGCUCGGGGACGGGGUCGGGGAGUGCAGAGUCGGGGAAGAAGGCAUCGAGUACGGCAAUCAUCGCUGCUUCGAGUGUUGGAGGGUUCUUUGUUUUGGGCGUGGUGGCGUUUUGCGCUUGGUGGUUCUUCCUUCGACGCAAAUUUGGCGCUACCGGAUCUGUCCCUACUCCCGAUUUCAAACGCCGUCCUUCCACUUCGGGCCACAAAUCCGAUCACUCCAUGUCCACCCUUCGCUCCAAGAAACACGACUACACCAACAGGCAGAAGAGCAUGAUUGAUGGGUACAAAGAUUGGGAUGACGAUGAGUGGGUGAGCGGGACGGAGGGGGCCGAUUCGAUCCGGCUUGGGUAUAUACCCGAGGCGCUGGAAGAAGGGGAUGAUGAAGGGCGGCAGACGAGGGCGGGGGUGGCGAGGUCGUCGAGGAGUUUGACGGUGAGGAGCAGUACUGAUCGGUCGAGGUCGAUAGCGGAGGAUCCUGGGAUGGAGGAGGCGGCGCUGGUGGAUCAUAUGGAUCCUAAAUCGCCGACUACGCCUUUUGCGGGCCCUCUGCCGGAAUCACCGCAGGCGCUGAGGCGGACAUUGUCGGACGCUGCAUCUCGACACGGUCCCACAGAACCCACCGCACCGCCGUCAGACUCUUUCCCCUUCCAUCCCUCCAACGGGCCCUAUCCUUCCCCUAUCCCUAUCCACCAAUCCGCCUCCUCUCACAGCAAGAGCCCGAGUAUGUCCAUGUCGGGUCCCUUCCCUUCGUCACCGGGCCCGACAGGGAUGGCAAGGUACUCAACGAUGAGGCUCGAUUCUUCGCCAAUGUAUGAUAUCCGCACGAGCGAUUACUUUACGAUUGCGCCUGCACCGUCUACUGCUCAGCGCGGGAGGAGGGGGUCGAGUGGGGCACUUGGAGGGGAGGGAGCGGGGCACAGGAGGGCGAGCCCGAGUAAGGCUUCGGGGAAGGUGUUCUUCGAGGAGUCGGUGAAGGAGGAAUCGGAGGGUGGGAGUUGA